AUGGAGGCCUUGGAGAUCGCCGCCGGGGUCAGCAACUCUCCACCAAUCCAUGAACGGCAGACCGGCAGCAUCAAGCAUCCGCGAGAUAUUAUGGGAUCGGCCAACAAGCAAGACAGUCGUCCCUGGACGACUUUCGAUCCCGCUAGCGAACCCAUCCACCCUCGCCUUGAAGACUUCCUUCGUGAACCCCUCGCCGACGGUAACAGAAACGUCAUGCUUCCUGACGGGCCCAAGAGUGGUGACGCCGUCGCCCAGCUGGCCCAAGAACGGGCCAAAGAGGCGAUUGAGUCCGUCGAGAAGGUGCUCCAUUAA